CUAAAGACUUUGCCCAUUUCUAUUUCCUUGCCUAGAGAAGUAGAGAACUGUUCUUUUUUUUUUCUUACUUGUUUAUGCACUUACAUUUCAAGAAAGAAGGAAUGAAAGUCUGUGCUUUCUUUAGCAGAAGUGAGAAAGAGAUGAGCUUUGCAGUGGUGUUUCUGGUGUGCUUUGCAGUUUGGUGCAAUGGGGAAGAAGAAGCUCCAUUAAUGGAGGAAACAGAGCAAGAAGCUCUUUACAGUGCCAUUCAAGGCUUUGUGGGCAAGCAGUGGAAUGGUUCUGAUCUCUAUCCUGAUCCUUGUGGUUGGACUCCUAUUCAGGGAGUGUCUUGUGACCUUUUCAAUGGAGUCUGGCAUGUUACAGACAUGAGCAUUGGACCUGUUCAUGAAAACUCUCUUCAGUGCUCCCAAAACCCAGAAUUUACCCACCAUUUGUUCUCACUCAAACACCUCAAAUCCCUCUCAUUCUUCGCCUGCUUCCUCUACCCACACAGAAACCCUGUCUCCAUCUCCUCUCUCCCCUGGGAAUCACUGUCCGAAACCCUCGUGUCCGUCGAGUUCCGCUCCAACCCCGGGCUCGUCGGGCAGGUCCCCAGCUCAUUCGGAGCGCUGACAAAGCUCGAGUCUCUGGUUCUCGUCGGAAACGGGCUGUCGGGCAAUCUGCCCGUGGAAAUCGGAAACUUCGGGCUCUUGAGGAGGCUCGUUCUCUCCGGGAACCAUUUCACGGGGCAGGUCCCGGGCAGCUUCGGCGGGCUGAGAAGCCUCCUGAUCUUCGAUCUCAGCAGGAACUCUCUCUCCGGCGCGCUGCCCGCCUCCCUCGGGCAGCUGGGCUCCCUCCUGAAGCUUGACCUGAGCAAGAACAGACUCGGCGGGAAGAUUCCCGGGGAGAUUGGGGAUCUGAAGAACCUGACACUGUUGGACCUCAGCGGCAACAAUUUCGCCGGAGGGCUGCCCAGAGAAGUCCUAAAGAUGGAGUCUUUACAGGAAUUGGUGGCAUCAGACAACCCUACACUGGGGGGGACCCUGGUGGGGCUGGACUGGGGUAACCUCAGAGGGUCCCUAUCAGUCCUGGACAUGUCCAAUGCAAAGUUGACAGGGGGAAUACCAGAGUCCAUAAUGGCUCUGGAGAAGCUCAGAUUCUUGGGGCUCAAUGAUAACAACCUAACAGGGGAGAUACCUUCAAGAAUUGCAGACCUGCCAAACAUAGCUGCAGUUUACCUGAAUGGCAACAAUCUGACAGGGGAGCUUCAAUUCCCUGAGGGGUAUUAUGGGAAGAUGGGGAGAAGGUUGGGGCUUUGGGGCAACCCAAACCUGUGCUACCCCUUUGGGUCAACUGGGAAGGUCCCCUUUGGUGUAAAGGCUUGUCAGCAGCAGCAGCAGCAACAAGAUGUCACCACCACCACCACCACCCUUGGUGCUGAUGUCACCAAUUCCAUGUUUGGCAGUGGGGAUAGCAGGAAAGGAGAUGAAGAUUUAAAUUCUUUGAUCUCCUUGGGAAUCUCAAGCCACUUUGGCAUUUGGAAAACUCUUCUGGCUCAACUGCUUAUUAUUGCUCAUCUAUAGAAUAUUGGUGGGGUGGGGGGGGGGAUGGGGUGGGGGUGGGGGUUAGAAUCUCAAAGAAGCUAUGGCCUCUGGAUAUAACCAUCUUUAGUAACAAUCUAACUUCACUCUUACCCCCUAUUUGGAAGACAGAAUAAGAGAGGAAAGAAAAUCUAUGGAAAAUG